UUCCGGGUACCGCGGCAAUGUUUACAAUCUGCACAGCGGAUGGUUAAUGGUGAUUAUCGAGAAGUUUGGGUUUGUUUACAUCGUACGAUAAAGCUGCUUCAGGUUUUACCGCUAAGAUGGCAUCGCAAAUCUCCAUAACGGUAAAGAGCCAGCCCACAGCCGCCAGCCCCGCCGCCGUACGGGGGAAGAAACGUCCCGGCGGUACGGCGGUGUGUGGAGCUCCGCAGUCCGGAGGGAGCAGCAGCAAGAAGAAGAAAGCACCGCCGAGCAUCACACCAGCCACACAGACACAGGUGCCUGUCGUGGAGACUGUGGCUGAUGUGAAACCUGUGGGAAUAGUGGACAGUGGUCCAUUUCCACUCCCUGAGUCCACUGCAAAGCCUCCCCCCUUUAAAGACCCCACAUUUAUGCAUUCUGGGAUUGGAGGAGCGGCAGCAGGUAAAAAGAACAGGACUUGGAAGAACCUCAAACAGAUUUUAGCUUUGGAGCGGACUUUACCCUGGAAACUCAGCGACCCCAACUAUUACAACAUUGAUGCUCCUCCAUCUUUGAAACCAGCCAAAAAAUACUCUGACAUCUCUGGGCUCCCUGCAAACUACACUGACCCUCAGACAAAGCUACGCUUCACAUCUUCUGAGGAGUUUUCCUACAUUCGCCUGCUCCCCACAGAUGUCGUGACUGGCUACCUGGCCCUUCGAAAGGCCACCUGCAUCGUACCCUGACAGCUAAACAUGACUGGAAGCUUGAAACAUAAUGUAAAGCUGAACUGAUGUCAUGUCAGUGUACAGAACUGUCCGGCAAACCAGAGGACUGCAAGCACAGGCUGCUUACAGAGAGAAGCAGGACCGUUGGAGCUGAUGCGCUGGAUAUCAGUAUUAUUUGUAAUUCUAUUUAUAAUAAAGUCGAAAAUGUAAUGAAUGGAAUGUUUGCUUUUAUAAUCCGUGUACUACAUUAAAGAGCUAAAGAGGGAACAUUCAUGUUUAAUGUCUGUAGUAAAACAAUCCAUUUGAUUAUAGAUGUAGUUUUGAAGUAA